CGUCACAUCCGCCCCACAGCCGAAGUUGGUCCGUAUCUUGAAGGCGCGCGAUUUGGAGACUGAGGGGGCCUCUACUCCAGCUCUGACCAUGUGGACGGCAGAUGAGAUUGCCCAGCUGUGCUAUGAACACUACAGGAUCAAGCUGCCCAAACAAGGGAAGCCUGAGCCAAAUCGAGAAUGGACUCUAUUGGCAGCUAUAGUGAAGAUCCAGUCCUCACCUGGCAAGGGCUGUGACACCUCUGAUACUCCAGUGCAAGAGAAAAAGGAAGUUGUCUCAAUUGGAACAGGAACGAAAUGCAUAGGCCAGUCCAAAAUGAGGAAGAGUGGAGAUAUCCUCAAUGAUAGCCAUGCUGAAGUCAUAGCCAGAAGGAGUUUCCAAAGGUACCUUUGCCAUCAGCUCCAAUUGGCAGCCACUCUAAAAGAGGACAGUAUCUUUGUCCCAGGAACUCAGAGAGGACAGUGGAAACUCAGACCAGGCAUCUUUUUUGUGUUUUUCUCCAGUCAUACGCCUUUUUUUAGGUGUCAGAACGUCUCAGCUCUACCCAAAGGCUUUGGAGUUCAAGAACUGAAAAUACAGCAGUCAUAUUUACUGUUUGAACAGAGUCGCUGUGCAGUGAAGGCCAAAAGGGCCGAUAGUCCUGGUCGACUUGUACCUUGUGGGGCAGCCAUCAGCUGGAGUGCAGUUCCUGAGCAGCCACUGGAUGUAACUGCCAAUGGUUUUCCACAGGGAACUACGAAGAAAGGAAUCAGAAGCCUUCAGGCCAGGUCCCGAAUUAGCAAAGUGGAGCUCUUCAGAUCAUUCCAGAAGCUGCUAAACAGCAUUGCCGAGGAUGAGUGGCCGGACUCCCUCAGGGUGCAGAAGCUACACACCUACCAGGAGUAUAAAAAUGCUGCCUCUACUUACCAGGAGGCCUGGAGUGCACUCCAGAAGCAGGCAUUUGGAUCCUGGAUCAGAAACCCACCAGACUAUCACCAGUUUGAAUGAAAAGAAAAAGGUUUUAGAAGGAUUGCUAGUAGGUCACAGGAUCUUUUGUUUUGAACUGCCUCUUCCUUUACACUGGACAAGACUUAGGUUUUCUGAUGACUAAACCUGGAGGUGGGGGGAGAGAAAAGUGCUUCCAGAGCACUGUAUCACUUUGGUGUCACAUAGAUGGAAUCUGGAACACAGCAAUCUAUACUUGAAGUAGCUCGCUGCUAAAGCAUCAUCUCACAAGUGACCUUGGUCUCUUGAGUUGUCAUGUUUUAUUGUUUCUCUAAAAUACAAAAUCACAGUUUGGAACAUGA